AUGAUCUCGAGGUACUUUAAGGUUAUGGGGGUAGCGGCUAGCAAAGAUAAUGACGAUCUAACGGACAACUUGGUGAAACAUGGACAAAUUGUUUCAAAAGAAGUGGAACUGGUUUUCAGACUUGUUGACAGAGGACGAUUUUUUCCUACAGAAUAUGUAGAAGAGGCUUAUCGCGAUAAUCCAUUCAAGGUUCCUGCCGAAGCUACUGCAGAAUGGACUCCUGGAAAACUGCACAUAUCUGCUCCAAGUAUGUAUGCUACAGUUCUGGAAAAACUUGACUUAAAACCAGGACAUGCCUUUCUUAACGUCGGAUCUGGCACUGGAUGGCUGAGUACGGCUGCUGGAUUUUUAAUUGGUCAGUUAUUUCCGUCUAGGGUCAAUUUCCAAAUUUCGAAUGAUUCCUAA